UUUUCCCAGCUGUAAGUCAGCUGAGGGAUAUAUAACGACACACAGAGGGUCUAAAGUCUCUCAGACAGACUGUCUGAUAAAUGGCGGUCAGUUGUCUGCACUGUUUGUCUUCAUCAUUAUCUGGAUCUGGAUCACUGAACAGAAAUAAAGACUCAUCUUCCUCCUUGGAAGUUUUAUUGUGGACUUGUAGUUGGUGAAGUGCCAGUGCUAUAUUUUCAAAAUGCAUGCAAUGUCGGGGUUAAGAGGCAUGUUGCUGCUGUAUUGUGCAGCAGUAUGUGUGUAUGGGAUGAGGAGAGAGUACUUCCUCAGGAUAGAGGAGGUGUCUUGGAACUAUGCCCCAAGUGGGAUGAACAUCAUUCAGAACCGCACACUGCAGGAUGAUGAAGAAGCCUCAGUCUUUUUAAAGAGAGGCCCCCAGCGUAUUGGCUCUACCUACAAGAAGGCUGUGUAUAAACAGUACAGAGACGCCACCUACAGGACAGAGGAGAUUAAGCCAGACUGGCUGGGCUACCUGGGACCCCUGUUGAAGGCAGAGGAGGGAGACACAGUGAUCAUCCACCUGAAGAACACGGCAUCCAGACCUUACAGCAUCCACCCACAUGGACUGAACUACAGCAAGGGCAAUGAGGGAGCCCUGUACCCAGAUGGUACUGGUCCAGAGCUGAAGCGUGACGACUCAGUGGCUCCUGGUACUACAGUGGUGUACGAGUGGACCCUCCCAGAGACCCACAGCCCAACAUCACAAGACAGCAACUGCAUAACCAAAUUCUACCACUCACACCUCACAACACCAAAAGACAUCAACUCAGGACUGAUAGGACCCCUCAUUGUCUGUAAGAGAGGAACUCUGGACUUACAUGGAGACCGCUCAGGAGAUCUGUAUGCUCUGCUGUUCAUGGUGUCAGAUGAGAACUUCAGCUGGUACCUGGACGACAACAUCAGGACGUACAUUACAAAUCCCGCCAGUGGCCUGAAGGAGGACGAAGAUUUCAUUGAGAGCAACAAAAUGCACGGUAUAAAUGGCUUUCUGUACGGUAACCUGCCUGGACUGAGCAUGUGCCAAGGCAACAAGAUCCACUGGCAUAUGAUUGGCUUAGGCAAUGAGGUGGACAUGCAUUCAGUUCAUUUCCAUGGCCAGAUCCUGACCACUCUGAACCACCAUACAGACACAAUCAGUCUUUUCCCUGCCUCCAGCACUACAGCUGAAAUGGAAGCUGACAACCCCGGACACUGGUUGCUCACAUGCACUGUCAAUGACCAUUUGAUGGCUGGAAUGCAGGCUAUAUUUGAGAUCAAGAAGUGUUUCCCCAACGUCCAUAAGCCCCGGCCACACGGUGAGCUCAGACAGUUCUUCAUUGCGGCUGAAGAAGAAGUCUGGGACUACGCACCUACCCCGCCUAUUGAUAGUGAAGCAGACAUGUUUGUAAACAGAGGUCCAAACCGUAUAGGAAGCCGCUAUAAGAAGGUUCGCUAUGUGGAAUACACUGACAACACCUUCACAACGAAGAUGCUUCGCACUCCAGAGGAGCAACAUCUUGGAAUUCUGGGUCCUGUGCUGCGAGCUGAAGAGAAGGACACUAUCAAGGUAGUGUUUAAGAACAAAGCCAGCCGGCCUUACUCUAUACAACCACAUGGUGUCCAGUACAGUAUAGAACAGGAUGGGACGCUCUAUCACAAUGAACUGGAAGAGUCUCAUACAGCAAAGAAACUGCGGGAGCUAAAGAGGGAACCAAGAGUGGUGACCCCUCUCCCUGCUGCUCUGGUGAAACCUGGGACGGUGUACACCUAUGAGUGGACGGUGCCAGUGGGUGCUGGUCCAGUUCAGGGGGAGGCUGACUGUCUGACCUAUAUGUACUACUCUGGAGUGGACCCUGUUAAAGACACCAACUCUGGACUGGUUGGACCGCUCCUUGUCUGUCGACUCGGAUCUCUGAAGAAAGAAGUACAGAAAAACUAUAAUAAAGAGUUCCACCUCAUGGCCACAGUGUUUGAUGAGAACCUGAGCUGGUAUCUCGACGACAACAUUAAGACCUUUGUCACUGCUCCCACCACUGUUAACAAGGAGGAUGAGGGCUUUAUGGAAAGCAACAAGAUGCACGCCAUCAAUGGGUUUGUGUACAGGAACCUCCCAGGCCUGACCAUGUGUAAGGGGGAUAAAGUAACGUGGCACCUGUCAGGACUAGGAUCUGAGACGGACAUCAACAGCCUUUACUUCCAGGGAAACCGUUUCAUCUACCGCCAGAACAGACGAGACACCAUCAGCGUCUUCCCUCACAUCUCGCACACUGUCACUAUGGAGCCAGACAGCAUGGGUCAGUUUGAGGUGGUGUCACCCACAGUGAACCAUUAUCGUGGUGGGAUGAGAGCCAACUAUACGGUUCAAAAGUGCAGCUUUUUUCAGCGUCAGGGUGACGUUAUGCUCCAUUCAAAAACCUACUACAUCGCUGCCAUGGAAACAGACUGGGACUACUCUCCAAACCGCACCUGGGAGACUGAGAUGUUCCAUGGCCAGGAAAAUCCGGCUCAUGUCUUCCUGGACCAGCAGGGUGGGUUUAUAGGGUCCCGUUACAAGAAGGUGGUCUACCGCCAGUUCACCAAUGACAAGUUCACUAAGCAGGUGGAAAGAGCAGCUGAUGUGGAACACCUCGGCAUUAUGGGUCCAAUGAUUCAUGCUGAUGUGGGAGACAAGGUGAAGGUGGUUUUUAAAAACAUGGCAUCCAGGCCUUAUUCUAUCCACGCCUAUGGAGUCAAAACAGAAACACCUGAUGUUUACCACACCAAACCAGGUGAGACUCACACCUACUACUGGUACAUUACAAAGAACACAGGACCAACCACAGAGCAAGAGGAGUGCUCUGUGUCAGCAUACUACUCUACUGCUGAUGUUACCAAGGACCUGUACAGCGGUCUGAUUGGUCCGUUGGUGAUCUGUCGCCGUAGCUGGGCCAGGAGUCUUGGUGUGAAGAAGGAAGUUGAAGAGUUUGCAUUGCUUUUCCUGGUUUUUGAUGAGAAUGAGAGCUGGUAUCUUGAUGAAAAUAUCAGGACCCACAUCAGGAACCCUCGUGCAAACUUGAAGGAUGAUGAAACCUUUAUAGAGAGCAACAAGAUGCACUCCAUUAAUGGUUAUAUGUAUGCAAAUCUGAAUGGUUUGAACAUGGAGGUGGGUGACAAAGUGUACUGGUACCUGAUGGGAAUGGGCAAUGAAGUGGACAUACACACCGCACACUGGCAUGGACACAGUGUGGAAUAUAAGCUGGGUGGAGGUCCUCAUCGUACUGAUGUGUAUGAGCUGUUUCCAGCGACCUUCCAGACAGUAAAGAUGCGUCCUCAGUAUCCUGGUACCUGGCUGCUCCACUGUCACGUCAUUGACCAUAUUAAAGGUGGCAUGGAGGCGAUAUAUACUGUUACUGAAAAAGCAAAGAAGAGGGGAAUCUUUGGCUGAACAGCUGAGAAAAAUGGAUCCAGAAAGAAAACAGCAAAAAACAACUUUUUAAUGAAUUUAAUUUCAGUACGCAAUUCACUAAACUGUUUUGCUUGACAAAGCUGAGACAAUUACAGCUUAGACUAAAACAUCACAACCCAAGUCAUUUUAUAUUAAAAUAUAUUAUAAUAUAAUAAUAUAAAAAUUUUACAAUUGUCUGACUGCUUUGAUAUUUUCCAAAUGACAGUAAGACUACUGUAAAAAAUAAACAAAUAAAGAAACCUGAAAACCUGAAAGUUAA